AAACCCAAUCGAAGUUCCCCGUUCUUUCCUCCCAGCUGUACCUGCUCUGUCACUCCCCAAGUUCAUCAACAAAAAUGCCCGGCGAAGCCCCUCCCUGCAACCCCCCAAACACCAAUCCCCCGUUCGCGCCCUUCAAAAGCGAGGCGGCUGACUACACCUCCUACAUCCCCAAGCAGCCCGAGCAGAUCGGUGCGCUUGCGUCGACUAAGCGCUUCCCGCAGAACAAGAAUGUGCCUAAGCUCUUUGAGCCCAUUACCAUCCGCGGCGUCGAGUGGCCGCACAGGAUGUGGGUCGCGCCCAUGUGCAUGUACUCGAGCGACUAUGGCAAGGCGACCGACUUCCACUUUGUGCAUCAUGGGUCGAUGGCCCUGCGUGGCUGGUGCAACCUCAUGGUGGAGGCAACCGCCGUUGUACCUGAGGGCCGCAUCUCGCCAGAGGACAUGGGCAUCUGGUCCGACGAGCACAUCGCGCCCCUGAAGCGCGUUGUGGACUUUGUGCACGCCAACGGCGGCAAGAUCGGUAUCCAGCUCGCACAUGCUGGCCGCAAGGCGAGCACCCUCAGCCCAUGGGUGCAGCGCAAGGCGCAGGACGAGGGCUGGACGGGCGGUGAGGUCGCGACGGACGAGGCGAACGGCUGGGCCAAGGACGUGAAGGGCGCAUCGGCGAUCAGCUUCAACCCGGCCACGAACCCGCACCCGGCCGAGGCGAGCCUCGAGUAUCUCGAACAUGUCAAGGAGGCGUACAAGGCGGCGACGUUGCGGUGCAAGGCCGCGGGUUUCGACUUCAUCGAGAUCCACGGCGCACACGGCUACUUCCUGCACAACUUCUACAGUCCACUCUCGAACGAGCGCACCGACCAGUACGGGGGCAGCUUUGAGAACCGCACGCGCCUCGGCCUUGAGGUGACGCGCAUUGUGCGCGAGAACUGGGAUGGGCCGCUGCUGUACCGCGUGAGCGCGAGCGACUGGCUCGACGCGGCGGAGGGCCCGGAGAAGGACGCGAACGGCGAAUGGCGCUGGUGGGGUAUCGAGCAGACGACCAUGUACGCGCGCCUGCUGCGCGACGCGGGCGUGGACCUCCUCGACGUCAGCUCGGGCGGUAACGACCCGCGAGGCCAGUACAACGUCGGCCCGGGAUACCAGGUGCACUUUGCCGAGCACCUCAAGAAGGAGGUGCCGGGCCUGCUUAUCGGUGCUGUCGGCCUCAUCACGUCGCCCCAGCAGGCAGAGGAGAUUCUUCAGAAAGGCCAGGCCGACGUCGUGCUCUUCGGCCGCGAGAUCCUACGCCACAUCGACUUCCCCCUCCGCGCCGCACAGGAGCUCGGCGUCGCUGCCAACCCCGCGGGCCAGUAUGAGCGCGCGUGGAGCCGCAUGCUCUCCACCGUGCCCCGCACUUAGAAAUUCUAGAGCGAUCCAUUUGGCAAUGGCAUUCUGUACUUGCAACACCUGUACUUUGCUUGAG